CGUUACAAUUUUUGUUAAAAAAGGGGCAGUCAAUACACAAACUGCAACGACACUCUGCCGAUACAUGUGAAAAUUAUGAGACCAAGCUGAAAACCAUUUUGUGCAUCUUUUAAGCUGUAUUUCACUUUUUAGUAAACACGGUACACCUAAGCGUACUGAAAUUCUUUCGCCUCGACAUAAAUAGGCUUUUCGAAGGCUUUCUAGAAGCCCCUAAACAACAAGUAAAAUUUAUCGUCGCUCAACCACUGGAGCUCCCGGUUCAAGUUUUCGUUUAGCUUGAGCGUGUUUAUGUGAGUGUGUGUCUUAAAGUCGCAGCGACGCUUCAAUAAAAAUAACCGUUAUUUGCAACUCUGCAACAGUGCAACAUUUUAUUUUUGCAACAUGAUUUAUUUGGCUCACUUUCACUCUGCGCCAUGCAGCCCUCACUCACACGAUUAUACAAAGGUUUGGUAGCCGCAAUGCCAACGUAUUUUUGCACAGCUUAAUUGCGGCUGAAGCGACAUUUUGUUUUUGGCACUUGUGUAGUUGGCAAUUUAUUUGACAGGAAGUGCAGCGAAAUGAUUGCGGAAAAUUUGCAUUUAAUCUGCGAAAACAUGUUCUGUGAUUUAUAGGAAGACAUGUGGAAAACGUUGUAAAAGCAAGGCAGUAGCUUCGCAGUGUUCACGUGCACCGGGAGUCUCAUAAUUUACGGCGAGAAAAACCACUUGCAGACAYCCGCAAAGGUUGCCAUCAUCGCACGCCAUGCGUUCAACAGCAAACACCCGCCUGUCUCCAACUACCAAUGGCGGCUCUCAAUGUCUUUGUGUUGUUUGCAAUUCAUUGUGAGACGCUCACUCAAGCGCCUAGCGCGUCCACUUCCACUCAUUUGGGUGCGUAAGCUUCUGUACACCUCAACACUUUGUUCUAUUACCAGGUGUCACAAAGCUAAUUUACUCAGUCUGUCAUUUGGGUCAAAGGACAUGCCAAGCAACUGAAGUCAUUCGGCAUAAAAGCAUAAAUGUUCUGACCCAGAUUCCUUUAUUUAUUUCUUAUCUUUACAUCGACAAGAACACGGUGUGCGCCGCUUUCGGAAAAACCGUUAGCUCGAAUGUGGCAAAAAGAAGUGCGAAUAAGUAUAAGUGAGCCAUAAAACCCGCAUGAAAACAAGAAAGAAAAGAGUAAACAAAGAAAUGCAAGCCUGWGGGUGGCGGCGGGGUCGGUGACAAUGCCAGAACACUGUACAAAACAAAAAGGAAGUCUAAAUUUAUAUUUAGCAACAGCUUUUCGGUCGAAGUAGAGCCCAUGUUUUAUAAGCGUAACCAAAAAAUGCGCUGACCAGCGGGGGUAUGGCUCACAAAAGUAGGCUAAAUGCUUAAUAAGCGAAAGAAGGCAAAAAUCAAUGCCAAAUUAUUUUCAAUAAUAACUUUAUACUUAUUUUAGGGCACUGAAGCGCUAAGUCUCUUUAAACUAAGGUUAGGUUAUGUACAUAGGCUGUUAAUCGCGAGACCACAUAUAAUCCCGUAAACGGUUUCUACGCCAGUAAAGAAGAAGACGUAUAAUCCCACGUGAACUGCUAGAGACUUUUAUACGUUGUCAAGCCCAGACUAUGCAAAUUUUAGGCGGCUACCAAAUCACGAAGUAACUUCCGRAACAAUCUUCCAUGCACUGUGAAUGUAUCUUCCAGUAUCGUAGAAAUAAUGAAGGGCAUUUACAUAAACAAAUACAAAAUUAAUAGAGUCUACAUGCAACUCAAACGGGCUACAAGUGGCUAAUACAUGCAUGCACAAAUCUCCAAGCAGAAAUCUCGAAUAAAACGUUUUGCUUUGAAGUCUGCGAGCGCACAUCAUGCAUGUUUGAAGCAAGACGUUGUAACUGCAAACUCGAACAUCCAACAUCGAACUUCACAUAUAGCAAGGUGUAUCGCAACUUACUUACACAAAUGCAGAUAAAUGCGGACGUAUUUUGUCUUAACGCGCCUAAAAAACUACCAGGUCGACCUCUACGCAUUGCGAACGCAGGCUAUGUGUACAGAUUAGCAGCGCCAUCUCAUCUCGAGAUUCACACAUACAUUAGCUUUAUUGAAACAGCAGUCGUCCUUUACACCAAAAGCCAUCAACGCUCGAUGUUAAUAUGAACUAUAAACCAUCAUCUUCAUCCUCAUCUAACACUCCCCCACACCAAUCAGCGUAUCCAUCAAGAUCCGCAUCGAACUCCUCCUCAAACACGCACAGCACACCAACACUCACACCAGCAAUCAUUCCUCUAGACUACAAUUAUCAUAUAAUGUCACCAUCCUCAAUAUCACAAUUUCCCAACGGGCGCAUUACCUCUGCGGCMACUUCCACCACAAGCGGUGCUUAUCAUUUGCACACACAUUCCCGACCCAGCAGUACACGUCAUUCCGGCAGUGGCUCAGUUGACGUUGAGAUGGAUAAUCAGUAUAACAGUCUUUUCGGUGAUCCUGUUCCACCGCCACCUCCGCCCGAUUUUCUCACUACACAAUUCAAUCCUGUGAAUGUUUUCCAUCCAGUGUCGUUGAACAUCAGCUCUGGCUCUGAGGAGGACACUAGUGCCCGUCUCGCUUCAUUAGAAGUUGAAAGGCCCGCUCCCACACGCCUAUUUUCUAAUGUGCCUUUCAGCUCCGCCUUUAGUAGACACAUGUCAGACAAUGCAGCUCCCCGAAACUUCGACGUGCUUCCCACUCCCAUGCCGCGUCUUCAACCACCAGAUAUUCAAAUAUUACCGAAUUCCAGUGGCGAUUCAAGCUCUGAAGCACGGGAGUCACCAAAUUACACAUUACUCGCACCCGACACAACAAAACGCCAUCACAAAAUAUACGAUGACAGGCAACCGACAGAUGUUACGGAAAUAGUAGAGUCUUAUGAAAUCCGAGAUACAAAAGGUGUCCGCGAGUACUCAGAGGCAACAAGGCGUGUAUCUAAUUUUAGUGAAGAUUUCAAAUCGAAUGUUGGAACAUUGAGCAACGUUGAAGAGCCACAUAUUGAAAAUUCGCCUUCUUCUGUAAGCAAUCCGUUUCCUCAUCAAUUUCCGAACGAAUCUUAUACAAGCAACGAAUGGUUUCGUCCAGCAACUCAAGACUACCCUGAAUUCAGUAAAAUACCAAGACUGCGUCCAAGUUCUAAGAACGUUAUGUCGAUUAAAAGAGAAGACAUGUCAAUGCACCACUCUCCGGUUGCAGCAAUGAUAAAUGAUUCAAACGGUUCUAGUAGUGGAGAGGAACGGUUGGAAAGGGCACAUAUUUCAGACAACUCAACGGUGGCUUUGACUAGUUUCCAACCACCAGGUAGACCACCAGACCCCUCUCCAACGCUGCUCCGUGAAAUCGAAACAGAAUUAUUGCUCUCUCCUCAAGAGUAUUUGCAACAGGAAAACGAAAGUCCUAUAGGCAGUUUAAAUCAGGUGAGACCACCUCCUCCAGCUGCUCCACCAACGCCGGAUCUUCUAACCGCAAUGCCAGACGAAAGUCAAAGUUUCAUCAAACGCGAGAUGUCACCCGUGAUAUUGCGGAACUUAAUAGCUACUGGGGGGGAAUUUAGGGUUGACCAGACACGCCUUCACAAGAAGACAUCAUUUACAAUUAUUACAGAAAAAUCACCACAUUCAUCACGCACUCAUAGUCCAUCUCCGCACAGUCACCAGCAACCGUCACAGCAAAAAAUGUCCGCCAUAUCGCCAGUGAAACCUGUUGCUAAACCACGACAGUAUUUGCAACAUAAAUCCUUAUCAGCCUCUCAACUCAAGUUGCCACAGUUGUCACAACAGAAACUUCAAGCUCCCGCCGAUGACUCUCCUCGCCCUUCUGUACAAUUUAACAUGACUGGGCGACAUACGCCAAACAUGAUGACUCAACGUGGCAUACUGCAACAUCGUGAGUCACUGUCAUCAUCGCAAGAUAUUACACCAUCAUCCCCGUCAGCGGGACCCAAAACAAAAUUGCGUCGCCCUUCGACACUGCCAACAUUUGCCAAACUAGCAAAUGAAUCAAAAAUAAAAAGUUGUGAAACUCUACCUUUUAUCAACGAUCCAUACCGUACAGCUAUUCCACGCUUCAAUCGCUCCGUCACAGAUUUACAUAUAGAGCCAGCAGUAUUUCCACCAGGCGCAUUGCCUCGCCCCAUUAAGCCCAACCCCAAUCCCACUCGGAAACAAAAGGGUUUGCUCCGCAUAUUAAAUGGAAACACUUCGAAUUUACCAUUACGUUCAAACUGGACUAGUAUGGAGGACCUGCCUCUUGGUAGGCAGCUUAAAACUCCUCAUGCAACACCUACACACAUUUUACAGAGUCGUCGACGUUCAAGCUCAACAUCGCCUGAGCGUCGAAGUUCGACACAAACAGCUUCAGAUCGGCGGAGUUCUAAUAUAAGUUCAAUUACCACAUCCGAUUUUAGUUUYCGUCGUUCUCCAUUGCCGCUACAUCAGCAACGUAGAAAAUCGGUAUUACCAGCUAUAAGCCCCAAAACAAAACGUCGACAAUCUUUAAUACCACCAGCAAGUUUGACUGGUGGCCGAACAUCCCGCACAAAAGUUGCUAAGCCUUCUACGCUUUCACCCAUAAUUGGUACACCGAACAAAGAUAGUAGCUCACCGCAAAGUCCUGAACAAAAUAUUGCUGGUUCAUUAGCACCGUCAGAGGCAUUAUCGGAUAUGACAUCUCGGCGGGAAUCACUUUCAAAGAUWCCUUUGCGCUCUUCAAAUUCGCGACCAAUUUCGCGUUCUUCAUCGCCAUUGAAAGAGUUUAUGUCUCAAUUGCCAAUAUCUGAUAUAAAUUCGAGAGGAACAUCUAGUCGCACAACUUCUCGUGCUACAGUAAGGACCGAUGCUUCUCAAUCAGUUUCACGUGGCAACUCCAGACCGGCAUCACGUUCUACUUCUCGUGCAUCUACCCAUCCGAUAUCGCGAGCAGCGUCACGUGCUAGUACACGACCGAAUUCGCGAAUGGAAAUGGCUAAAGAAAUAGCAAAUUCCCGAUCUAACUCAAGAAUGAGCAUACAUUCAACAGCAUCAAUUAMUGGUAAUGUUUCCCCAAUUUCUGGAAAAAGAAGCACUGAACCUUCACCAGUAACCACUCGGCGGCGAACAUCAAUUUCUGUCAGCCCAGCCUCAAACAGAAGAGUACGUACACGGCGACAGUCACUCAGUCCACCUCACAAAAAGAGAUCAGGAAGCCGUGGAAGAGGGAAGAAAAUUAGGGAUCGAUCUGAAUCGCGACAUAGUUCGCGAUCUCGUAUACCAUUACGGGCUAGUAGUGUAACAAAAGCGAAGCARUCGCCAUCAGGGGUUCCGAAGGAGCUAAACAGCCGUUCACUCUCGAAAUCAAAGGGUGCAAAAAUCGUAGGUCGAACAUCACCCGCGCGAACUCCAUUAAAUCAACGGAGUAAACCAAAAAGUGCCAAAAAACUACCGUCAUCGAUACAUAAAACCGAGUCAAAUGUGAAACGCAAACCAACGUCGGUGGACAAAUCGGCGGCGUCUGGUAAAAAACAACCAAGUAAUCUUCAAAAACCCGAAAGGGUAAACCUUAUACGGGAACGUUCGAAUGUACAAAAGAAAGAAACGCCAAAAGCUGGCACAGGAAAAAAUAUAAAGCGCGAAGGUACGGCUGCUACAUUAACCAYAAUGAAAGCGCCUGCUAACUCARCUGCAGCGGCUGUGGCUUUGGCGGCAAGUGGACUAAAACGUCAUACUACAUCAAAAAAUGCAAUGAAGCUUCCUGCCAAGGGCCAAUCGGUAACWACCAAAGGAAAAGUGGUUAAAGCUGAAACAGCGAAAGGAAGGAAGAGUGACAAUAACGCCGAAAUGACAAAGCAAGAAGCUGAAAAAAGAUCUUCCAGCAAAGAAGAUGCUAGCAAUCUGAAAAGUGGUAGCCCUGUGGGAAUCGAAGCAACAAAAAUAGCGGCAAUACCUGCAGGGGUAGCUGCUGUCGCUGCUACUUCUGCAAAAGGCGAACCGAACAUUAGUUCUGGUAGCACGGGAAGCAGCGGAUCCACCUCAGGUAUCAAAAGACAUCCUUCCAAUGUCUCACUUGUACGCAUGGCUUCCCGAAUGAGUCUGCUCAGCAUGAAGCGCUCCGACAGCAACCUCAGCAAGAAGACCACGGUCCCGGCGGUAGCUGAGGAGACAACUGACGGCUUGAAAAAGAACGCAAAACCAGGAUAUUUAAAAAAAAGCAAUAGUCGUACGCAACUGAAGACACCUGAAGAUAUGACUGGUCUACCUGCAGCAAUAUUAGAGAAAUCACAGAAGACGCUGGAAAAUAUUCAAAAGACUGUUACCGUCGCGACAGAUGAAAUUCAUAAAACCAUUCAUGAAAAUCUCACCGAUUUGAAAAGUCUCGAAAGUGAUAUGGGUCGGUUUUCAGAUAGCGCAGGAUCACCYACAUCGAGUGUAGCUACCGUUGUGGAAAACAAACAGGCUGGCAAAGCAGGUGCUGCCAAUGGCGGUGAAAGUGGAGCGACCGGAGAAUCGAUCUCACGCACAGCGACCGCUGAGGGACCAACCUCAACAGCGGGCACGAAAAAAAUGACGCACAAAAAUGGUAAUGACGGUGUUAUGCCGGCGACGCCCACACAGACAUCUCCGUUACCCCCAACACAGCCGAUUGAGGCWGAUGUUUCUGUGUUGAACGCAUCCUUGCACGCUACGGAGCAUGUCACUGUGGCGGCAGCAGCCGCAGCAGCUGCCACAACGGGCGCCAUGGCGAUGCCACAUGCGGGCGUCGUAGACGCCACCGUCGAACGGAAUUACACAUACAAUGGGGACGGUGCAGCGGACAAAACAGUUGACGGAGCAAUGUCGGAUCAUGCAGGCCGUGCGAAUGCCGCUGAUGCGAGGGGAAACGGGCGAAAUGGAGUUGGCAGCGAUGAUGCUAAAGGAGAUGUUGCUGCUGACGACGAUAUAAAACGGCGCUCGCCGGAUGGACAGGGUGGCUCAGCGGCAGGCAGUGGCAACGGCAGCCGAGAGUUUCUGAAGGAGCAAGAAGACGACUUAGCGCCRMMGUCUGGUUGUUGCCGCUGCUGCACGAAGUUCUGUCUUCCAUGUCGGCGCCUACGUUGCUCCCGUUGCUGUCGUCGCAAAAAGAGCCUGGCCGGCGAUGAAAGCGAGGAGCCGGUGCUCUCUGCGACCAGCAGCGCCUCCACSACCAACCUCGAAGUCAUCGAUGAAGCGCGACRUCCAACGGACGGCGACAAAAYCAAAACGAGCUGUUGGCAAAAAUUGAACUGCUGCAAACGUUGUCGUAAGCAACCGAAGGUGGAUGCCAUUCACACGGAUGAGCGCUCAAAAAUGACACUGGCAACCAAAGCGGAGUCUGCAGUGGCAGCAACCACACCCAUUACACCCAAACAAGGCGGCUGUGGCGCCUGCUGGAGUAAACUAUUUUGUUGUCGACGUGUUAACAAGGUCGAUCCCACAACUGGUGAUGAAACRGAAUUGAAAAAGUGUUGUUUUUGCAUACCUUGUCGACGCAAGAAAGCUGGACGGGGCGCUACCAUAGCCUCGACGGUUUCACCGACUGGCUCGGUGGCCUGGCAAGAUCCGGARAGUGGUAUUGCAGCUAGUGAUGCAUCUGUUUUGGAAGGUGCCACUUCGCCAGAAGUAGUGCGACCACAGGGUUGUUGCAAACGCUUUUGGAGCAAACUGCUGUGYUGUCAACGCAAAAAGUUGCCGAAGCCAAGCGAGAGUCGGCGCGCAAGCAUGAAGGCGCCACCACCGCCAAGUGAGGACACUCGACGCAAGCUACAUGUGGACCUAGUGGAGUAUAGCUCGAAAAUGAAAGGCGCCAUACCGGUAAUGCCGCUCUAUUUAGCCUGGUUUUGCGCUAUUUGUAACACCAUCUUUCCAGGACUAGGCACCUUAUUUUCGGGCAUUUUUUGCCUUUGCGUUGGCAUCCCACGCUUUUCGCAAUACGACAGCGCAAAGGCGCGCUUUGGUUCUUUCAUAAUCAACAUAAUCGUUGGCAUGGCGCAACUCUUUUGCGUGCUCUUCUGUUUUGUCGGCUGGGGCUGGUCCAUUUGGUGGGGCAYGAUCAUGCUGAAAUGUGCAAGAAAGCUCAAUAAAAUCAGGAAGGUUGAGCGUCUGGAAAUGGAGGAGGAGCGUCGCCAAGCAGAGGCAGCAGCCGCAGCGGCAGCAACAGCGGCGCGAACGGCAGCUCAUCCUACGGCGGUGACCACCACGACAGAGAGCGCCGCUUAAAGAUACAUUAUUGAUAUUUGAAACUAAAUCGAGGAAAAAAUACUUUGUAWGGGGCUUAAAGGUGUAAUUUUGUGAAACAUAGAUUUUAGUUUGCAUUUUAAUAAUACUAAAGACUUCCAAAAAACUUCCAAAACGCUGAGAAGUGCUAGCAAAGAUAAAWUCUUCCGAAGGACGCUUCCGUCGUUGAAAAUUGGUAACGCACAAAGACUACAGAUAUCAAGUAGUAACUGCACAGAAUCCUUUACUUCGGCGAGAGAGAAGUGACAAUAUAAAAAACCUCGAAAAUUCGUGCCUUAACAAUUGAAUUCAUUCAGCUUGACUCUCAAGUACUCAGCAUCGAAGAAUGUAGUGUUUAAAUCAUAUUUACUCACAUAUUGCAUUUGCUGUUGAAAGAAAGUCACAGAGUAAGCAGUAUCUAUCUUCCAUUUGACACUUAGGCAUCAGAUCACAAUUGAAAUACUUACAAAGACCACAUUUCACUUCAUUAACCAAAGUGGUGCUGAAAACCCUCUGAAAAGUGCACUUAAAAAGCUUAAAUCGCUAAACCGUCUACAUACCAAUACAUGCAGAGUAAUUGUAAUCCAAGUGAUAGGAAACUCGUGUGCUUACACAUACAUAUCAACACCUAUAUAUGUAGCAUAGAUAAUUUAAGAUUUUCCUGAAUUAAUAUUUAUCAAUUAAUAUUACUAUUAAAGGUGCAUAACACUUAAGGAAUUAUGAAGUGCGUAUACCGUUUGUAACAAAAAAUUAUUAACAAAAUGUA